AUGGGAGGUAGUAGGAAGCAUGUUGUCACUAGAUAUUCCCCUUCUCUCGCUAUUGUCGAAACAAAUCAACAAGUUGUUCCCAUGGAAGCACCUAUUGUGUCUUCCUACAAUGAUCGGAUCAGGCCGUUGCUGGACACUGUCGACAGGCUAAGGAACCUUAAUGUGAUGAAAGAAGGGAUUCAGCUUCCCACCAUUGUAGUUGUUGGAGACCAGUCCUCGGGGAAGUCAAGUGUUCUCGAGUCUUUGGCAGGAAUCAGUUUGCCUCGUGGGCAAGGAAUCUGCACUCGGGUUACUCUGGUGAUGCGGCUUCAACGAAGCCCUAACCCUGAACCUGAGCUCUGGUUGGAGUACAGUGACAAGGUCGUUCCUACUCACGAGGAACACAUAGCUGAAGCGAUAUGUGCUGCAACUGAUGAAAUCGCUGGAUCUGGUAAAGGGGUUUCAGAUGCUCCCUUGACCCUCCAUGUUAAGAAAGCUGGUGUUCCAGAUCUUACCAUGGUUGAUCUUCCCGGAAUAACUCGAGUUCCAGUGAACGGACAGCCUGAAAACAUUUAUGAGCAGAUAUCGGGCAUGAUUAUGAAAUACAUCGAGCCUCAAGAGUCCAUCAUCCUGAACGUUCUGUCAGCUACGGUUGACUUCACCACCUGUGAAUCCAUUCGGAUGUCCAGACAAGUUGACAAAACCGGUGAACGGACUCUGGCUGUUGUCACAAAGGCUGACAUGGCUCCUGAAGGUCUCCUGCAGAAGGUAACUGCAGAUGAUGUGAGUAUCGGACUUGGUUAUGUCUGCGUCAGAAACCGCAUAGGAGAAGAAACCUAUGAAGAAGCAAGGAUGCAAGAGGAGUUACUUUUCAGGACUCAUCCAAUGCUAUGCUUGAUUGAUGACGACAUUGUGGGUAUCCCUGUCUUAGCUCAGAAGCUAAUGCGUAUCCAGGCAACGAUGAUUGCCCGCUGUUUGCCUGAAAUUGUACGCAAGAUCAACCAGAAAAUGGAGUCUGCUGUCUUGGAUCUGAACAAGCUGCCAAUGGUAAUGGCUUCUACUGGAGAAGCAUUGAUGGAUACCAUUGGUUCUGCAAAAGAGUCUCUCUUACGAAUUCUCAUCCAAGGAGAUUUCUCAGAGUUCCCAGACGAUGCAAAAAUGCAUUGUACUGCUCGUUUGGCUGAUAUGUUAAGCCAGUUCUCAGAUAAUCUGCAAGCAAAGCCCGAGGAUGUUACCGAGUUCUUGAUGAAUGAGAUCAAAGUUCUGGACGAAUGCAAGUGUGUUGGACUGCCCAACUUCAUCCCGAGAUCAGCCUUCUUGGCCAUUCUCUCGCAACAUGUGGAUGAUAUACAUGUCAAGCCGGUCGAAUUCAUCAAGAAGAUAUGGGACUAUGUCGAAGUUGUUCUCUCCCAAGUCAUCACCAAAUACUCUGAAAACUUCCCACAGAUCCAAUCUUCCAUCAAAAGGGCCGGUCGAAAUCUGAUGUGCAAGAUAAAGGAAACAUCUGUGAAUCGAGUGAUUGAGAUCGUUGAGAUGGAGAAGCUUACCGAUUACACAUGUAACCCUGAGUACAUGACGUCUUGGACGGAGAAGACAGGUGCACAAGGGAGCUUCAUCCAUGCCGUUUUGAACGAUGUGAAGAGACCUGAGAUUUUCUCUGUGCCUGGAUUCGGGAAUGUGAAGAUUUCGCAUCUGAGAAAGUAUCAUGUUCAUCUACUGCAACAAGCUUUUGACAUGAAGAUGAGAAUGACAUCGUACUGGACCAUCGUCCUGCGAAGAAUUGUGGAUAACCUCGCGCUGUAUCUUCAGCUAUCUGUCAAGUAUCUCGUCAACACUCAGUUUCAGAAGGAGAUCGUUGCGGAAAUGGUGGAUCCCAGAGGAGGCGGAGGAGUCGAGAGGAUGCUGGAGGAGUCUCCGGCGGUGGCGAGCAAGAGAGAGAAGCUUAAGACUAGUAUCAAGCUCUUGAAGGAGUCGAAGGACGCAGUCGCAUCCAUUGUUGAUCAGAGCUCUGGUUAUGGAGAUCGUUGA